GGGGACAGGAGGCGGUCUAGAGCUUGCGAAUGGUGGGAAAGCCUCCUCCCGCAGGGUGUGUGGGCCACGGUGGCCACAGGAAAAUAACAACCUUAGCAAGACCUUGAGGUCUCCCCUGUCCUGAGCGCUGGCCAGGGGAAGAGAGGGGAGCAGGGCCCAGCCCCAGCGACUCCCUGAGGAGGUUCCUGGGCAGAGGCUCUGCCCCAGGAUCCCUUGGGGAGCCGGCUCCAUCCUCUUCCUGACCUUCCAGAGCUUUGGCUGUGGCAGAAGGAAAGAGCAGGACAGGACGGAAGCAAGCUCUGGAAAGUGGGAAGAGCAGGGUGUGUGUGGAGACCCAAGGCAGGCGGAAUCCAAGCUUUGGAACGUUGGAGGUUUCCGGCCACAGAGGCAGGGCCUUGGGGGAGCCAGGAGAGGCGGGGAGAGACACACACAGAGGAGCGGAGACCAACAGACCACGGACGAGACAGGAAUUGGGAGUUGGGAGGAGAGGGACCAGAGAGAAGCUGGGAGGCACGGACCAGGGGGCUGGUGACCUGCACACACUCCAGUCCCCAGAAACAUCCCUCUCCUCAGAGACAUCCUUCUGCAGCCUUUGGUGCUCCGAGCCCAGCCUGAUGCAGGCAGUCUGGCUCCUCGGGGCUCUGGUGGUACCCCAGCUCCUGGGCUUCAGUCAUGGAGCUUGGGGAGCUCAGAGGGAGCGGGAGGGGGGAUGCGGUGUCCCCCAGGAUGAGGAGCAGGAGAGAGAGGCCCUGAUGCUGAAGCAUUUACAGGAAGCCCUGGGACUGCCUGCUAGGAGGGGGGACGAAAAUCCUGAGGGAAACCCUGAAGGCAAAGGGGCCUGGGCGACUGACAACGACGGUCUGGGGGAGGAAGGCGAGAAGGAACCAACCACAACUCCCUACUUCAGCCCCAGCCCCUCUCCCACCGCUGAAGACACCUUCACUUAUAUCCUGGGUCGCCUGGCCGGCCUGGACGCAGGCCUGCACCAGGUUCACGUCCGUCUGCACGUGUUGGACACCCGCGUGGCCGAGCUGAGCCGGGGUAUGCGGCAGCUGCGGGAGGUGGCGGGUGACACCCGCGACGCCUUGCAAGCCCUGAAGGAGGCGCAGAGCCGCUCCGAACGCGAGCAUGGCCGCUUAGAGGGCUGCCUGAAGGGGGUGCGCCUUGGCCACAAGUGCUUCCUGCUCUCGCGCGACUUCGAGGCUCAGGCAGCGGCGCAGGCGCGGUGCGUGGCGCGGGGCGGAAGCCUGGCGCAGCCGGCGGAUCGUUCGCAGAUGGAAGCGCUUACUCGCUAUCUCCGCGCGGCGCUUGCCCCCUACAACUGGCCCGUGUGGCUGGGUGUGCACGACCGGCGCGCCGAGGGCCUCUACCUCUUCGAGAACGGCCAGCGCGUGUCCUUCUUCGCAUGGCACCGCGCCCCCAGCCCCGAGCCCGGCGCCCGGCCCAGCGCCGCGCCGCACCCGCUCAGCCCCAACCAGCCUAACGGCGGCGCGCUCGAGAACUGCGUGGCGCAGGCCUCGGACGACGGCUCCUGGUGGGACCACGACUGCGAGCGGCGCCUCUACUACGUCUGCGAGUUCCCCUUUUAAGCGGGCCCGGCCCCCCGCCUCUCCACUCCAUCCCACCAUCCGCCCUUUGCCUGGGCUGUGCACCCCGCAGAGACGUCCUUUCCUCCUUGCCCGCGGAUGAAAGUGUGUUCUCCCUGGCUGGCCGAUCCCUGGGGGGCUCCUGCGGGGCGGGACCCCUUCCUUGCCUGUCUUUACUGGAAGCGGUGGGCACCAGGCUAGGUCCGGCGCCAAUAAAGCCUUGUGGA